AUGACGCAGCGACCGACGCGGCGGCGCAUCACGCUGCCCCCCGAAGAGGAGGAGCAGCGCCGGCCGCUGCUCAGUCGCAUGUACACGGAUCACGGCGACGACGAAGGCCUCUACAGCUGCGUCACCAACCCGCACAGCCACCUGCCCGUGUACACGACCAUUCACCGCAUCCGACGCGACAUUACCAGCGUCGUCGAGGACUACCUGAGCCUGGAGCAGCUGCGCGACGUGCGCAUCAACAUUACCGUGGUGCGGCCGCUCGUCGACAAGUUUUACGAACUCGACGACCUCUCCAUCGUGUACUGCUUGCUGGUCAACCGCGCCCAGUUCCUCGACGAGGAGUCGUACUCGAGCAACCGCCAAAACGUCAACUGGACGCGCGCCACGCUCUGCGAAAUCAUUGCCACGCGCAUCCUGCGCCGCUUUGGUGAGGACCACGACGGCAGCGAGGGCCUGCUCUUCCUCGCCCACGUCCUCGUCGCCGGCUUCGACCCGUACCAGAACGCGCCCCCGCGCACGCGCGCCGCCGCCGAGCGCCGCAUCUGGCGCGGCUACCACCGCACGCUGCCCUCGCUCGAGGUCGCCAUCCUGACGGAGAGCAAGCACUUUCUCAGCUCCACCACCUGCCAAAAGAUUGUCGCCGCCAUCUACGAGGGCCGCGUCAUCUACACGCCCUCGACCCAGUGGGACAUCAUCCCCGACCACUACAAGCUCAAGCCCAUCUCGCUCUACGACCCGCGCGGGUCCCCGCUGCUCAACCAGUACCGCCUCAUCGUGCCGCGCACGCGCACCAUCCUCGAGGCCAUCCAGUUUGCCAUCCUGCUCGCCCUCUACUCGGCGCUCAUGGUGAUGCGCGAAAAGGACAAGCUGACCGUGACCGAGUGCCUCUUUGCCGUCUACGCCUUUGGAUGGGGCCUGGACCAGUUCGCGACGCUGAUUGCGCACGGCUGGAACGUGUACACGCAAAACCUCUGGUCUUUUCUCGACGUCGGCUUCGUCUCCAUCUACGGCGUGUACCUGGUCCUGCGCGUGCACAGCUUCCGCACCGGGCUGCCGGGGCCUGGCGAGCAGUCGUUUGACGUGCUUGCGCUGGCUGCGCCGCUGCUGGUGCCGAGGCUGGCCUUUACCCUGCUCUCUGACAACCUCGUCUUUUUGUCUCUGCGCUCGAUGAUGGCCGACUUUUUUCUCCUCACUGCGCUUUCAGCGUGGUGCUUUUUUGGCUUCUUGCUGUCGCUCCUGUGGCUGGGCGAAGGCGCCCAUCCUUGGCUCACAAUUUCUAAAUGGAUGAUAUUUAUCUGGUUCGGGCUGGACGGAACGGGGAUUCAGAGGUCGGCCGAGUUCCACUGGUUGCUGGGGCCGAGUCUUAUGGUGGCAUUUGCGUUUCUCGGCAACACAUUGUUUCUCACGAUUCUCGUUUCCAUGUUGUCAAAUACGUUCAGCGUCAUCUCGGCCAACGCCACUGCCGAGAUACAGUUCCGACGAGCCGUCCUCACGCUCGAGGGCGUCAAGGCAGACGCCAUUUUUGCCUACCAACCCCCCUUUAAUAUCUUGGCCGUCUUCAUCUUUCUGCCGCUCAAGUUCAUCGUGAGCCCGCGCUGGUUUCACAAGAUCCACGUGGCCGCGGUGCGGCUCGUCAACCUGCCGCUGCUGCUCAUGAUCGCCGUCGCCGAGCGCCGCGUCAGCUGGGACCAGCACGACUACAAGUACAACCCGGGCAGCGGCGACGAGACGACGGGGCGCAAGUGGUUCUGGCAAAAGUGGCAGCUGUCGGCGAGCCGGUACAUCCGGUCCGUCUUUGACGAGCCGCCGUCCGAGGACGUGCACGACGAGAUUGCCGUCGACGACCCCAUGACGCAUCACCUCAUCCGCCGGCAGUUUACCCGCCAGACCACGGCGAGCAGCACGGAGACGCGGAAACCGCCGCGCCGCCGGGACUCGACGUUUCCUGGGAUCCGCAAGAAGCCGCGCGGCUCCUUCUCGGUGGCCGAGCAGGAGCAGGAGAGCCUCGAGGACCGCCUGCGGGCCAUGGAAAAGUCCAUGGCGCGCAUGGAGAUGAUGCUUGCUCAGCUGGUGCCGGACACGCAGGUUGGAGGGGGCGGAGAGGAAGGGGAGGGUCGGGAUGGGGAUGAGGCUCCGGGCCGCCAGUCGGCGAUUGAUGCCACGUCCGAGGACAGCUAUCCGGCUGCGAGCGGUUCUGACAAGGACACGGACGGAGAUGGAUUUGCUGUAGAGAGCUCUUUUCGACGCUGA